AUGGGUAUCAACUUAGCGUUAUCAAGGAUAACGAAAUUGCUUCAAAUCUUGGGUAAUCCUCAUAAAAGCUAUAAAUCUAUACAUAUAGCGGGUACCAAUGGUAAAGGUUCAACCGUCACAUACUUAACAUCGAUUUUGACUAAAGCUCAGAUCAAAAAUGGUAGAUUCACUUCACCUCAUCUUCUAUAUUAUAAUGAUUGUAUUUCAAUUGAUAAUGAAACCUAUCCGUUACAGAAAUUCAAGGAAGUUUCUGAAAUGGUUUCCAAAGAGAAUAGUAGUCAUGAAUUAGGGUGUACGGAGUUUGAGUUACUAACCGUAACUGCUUUCAAGAUAUUUGAGUUAGAGAAAAUUGAAUAUGCAGUUAUUGAAGUGGGAUUAGGAGGGAAAUUGGAUGCAACCAAUGUUUUGACACCAUUCACAUCUGAAGAAAAAGGUGGUGUUGUAGUUAGUGGAAUCACUAAAAUUGGGAUUGACCAUGAGAACUUCUUGGGUUCUACCUUUAGUGAAAUUGCAUCUCAAAAGGCAGGCAUUAUAAAAGAUCGAAUCCCUGUAGUUGCUGAUAAUAGUAAUAACCAGGAAGUUAUUGAAGUUAUAAAACAGAAAGCUUCAUCGACAAAUAGUGAUCUUUAUCUCGUCGAUGGUAUUAAUCCCUCAGAUCCAAAAAUUGGUAUUUCUCCUAGUAGAGCUCAAUUAUUGAGAUCCUUCUCUCCAUUGAAAGGGACCUACCAAUUACAAAAUUUGAGUGUAGCAUUACAAAUCAUCGAACUUUUGAAGAAAGAUAUUCCAAUAACUGAAUCCAACAUUGAAGAAGGUAUCAAAACAGUGGUUUGGCCAGGGAGAUUACAACUGGUCAAAUAUAAAAAUUUAGACCUUCUCAUUGAUGGUGCUCAUAAUGAAAGUGCAGCUCAGGAAUUAUCGACAUUUUUGAAAAGUUAUAGAGAAGAUGGUAUAAUCUUCAUAAUGGCAUUGAGUAAAGGUAAAUCAGUUGGUAACUUAAUGAAAUACGUCGUUGAAGAUUCUGAUACUUUGAUAGCUUCAAGAUUCUCACCACCUGAAAACAUGCCUUGGGUUUCCUCAUACAAUGUUGAAGACAUCGAACGUGUGGGUGAACAGUAUUUCAAAUCUGUCAUCAAGUCUAAUAAUGACUCUUCAAUUGAAGAUAUCCUCGAUAAGGUAGCGAAAAUGGUAGAAACUGGUGAUAGAAGGAAGGUGGUGGUUUGUGGUAGUUUAUAUUUAUGUUCUGAUGUACUUAGACUAGUCAAUGACAAGUUGUAA